AUGGAAAAAUUAUUAAAAACAGUAGGAUCGUGUUUCAAGUGGAUCAAACAACUGCCUGAGGUUAAAAAUUUUAUGGGUGACGAAAAAUCCUUGGAUAGUCCUGAUAAUCACCAGCAAUGUCGAAAGAAAAAUUCAACUUGCCAUGAUUUAGAAACUUCAAAAAAAAUUUUUACUAUUAUUGAGAGUAUAUUAUUGUGGGAAAACACUUUCAACAGUAUAGCUGUUGUUGCUGUUUUUAAUAUACUAUUUUGGGGCAUUGUAGUGCUGGAAAUUCGUGGCUUUGCAGCAGCCAGCAGUGCUGCAUUGGUUGUCGUUCUCAGCUAUAGCACUCUAGAAGCACAAGUAGAAAAAGAUCAGCUAAAUAAAUCACUAUCUAAUUCUACAAUACCAACGCAGCAGCGGGCAGAAUGUAUUGAAAAAAUAAUUAUCAAAAUUAAAUCAGGAUUUGAAAUGUUGAUGCUGCUAAGAAAGAAUCAACCAGGAGGGUUUUGCAUUGGAGUUUGUACUGCAUCUAUUAUAUUGUGGUUAAUAAGCGGUGCUGUUAAUGGAGUUGUUAUGUUUUAUAUAAUUUGUAUGAGCAUUCUAUUGGGACCCGCUUUAUUUGUAAAAAUACCAAAAAAAAUGUUUACACCAAAAGAAUGGGAAAGUGAAAUAGAUGAGUUUUUGCCGGUUGUUACCGAAGAUAAUUUACAACUUUUGAAUAGAGCGGGAGAAACUGGUGAUCAUUCUCCUACGCCACCCAGUGGAUCAUCAUCAGAUAAUCCAAUAGAUCCGUUCAAUGACAAUGAACUUGUUGGAUUAAAAAUGCCGUCUCAUGAAGAUGGCAGCACCGAUGGACUUGAGCUUUCGGAAUUGGAGUUAAGUGCCGGUGAAACUGACGUAGAUGGAUUAAAAAUUCAAAGUCGACACUUUGAAAAAGGAUCUUCGUCGGAGGAUGACGAAGAACUUGAACUUAAAUCCAAAGAUUUAUCUAGUGAUAGUGAUGAAGGGAGUGAUGAAAGCGAGUUUGAAGUUAUCGAUAGUCAUGAAAUAAACAAUACUGGCAAUGUUUAA